AUGAUUGUGGUUCUGUUUUUGGCCAAAAAAUUCGUGACUAAUUUAAACGCGGUCAUCAGAAAUUUGCUCUUGCUCGAGUAUUUCUUAAACUCGCUGAACUUAGCCGCAGUCUCAGUUCAGUUUCUAACGGUAUAUGAAGACGCAAAGAAACUGUCUAUACCGGCCUUCUCCUUGUGCUUCGUGCUGGGUCAGAUAUUUAUUUUGGGUCUGACCACUGACGAAAUAAGAGUUCAGAGCCUGGCUUUGUCGGACGCCCUGUACGAUGGCCCGUGGCAUCACCAAAAUGAAGAGGUUAAGAAAAUGAUAUUGAUCGUUUUGACUCGAACUCAGAGGCCGUUAGAGCUGACCAUAGGCCCUUUCGAGCCCAUGACGAUGCAGUCCGCCUUGGCGAUAUUGAAGGCUUCGUAUUCGUACGUCAGCCUGAUGGCGCAAACCGCGCAAUGA